UAAUGCCAUCUUAGAAGUUGCUUGGAGUAGGUUUUAUUACUAAAGUUGUCAAGCAACCUUGGUACAAAAUUUUGCGUUGUUUUCGCGAAAUAAAUUAUUUUUAUAAGACUUAUAAAUUUUGGAACUUGUUUCCUUGGUGUGCUUCCAAAUUCUAUAGCUUUUUGUGUUUGAAUAAUUUUUUUUAGUUCGCUGGAGGUUUUUCAUAGAAAAUUCUACUUUUGACACGUUGGAUCUAAAAAACGAUACCAUUAUAAUUUCUUGCAUUGCAUUACAUGCGCCCUAUUUUAGGGUCAAAGUAAACCCAAAAUGUCAACAAGUCCGAGACCAAUUUUUUCCGCAAUGGUAAAAUUUGAAUUUGCUGAACAACAUCGAUAUCCGCUAAAUACUUAUUUCUGCGUUUCUUUGCAGUGGAGGGAGUUAAUCAGCGUAGGAAUGCAAGGGACGAUUUUCUCCGUGGCGAUGACGGCGGCAGAAACAAUAGACUUUUUCCCAUCCAGCAUCUCUUCCGCCAUUCAAUGGACCUUCUUCGUCACGGCCAUUUUCGAAAUGUGCUCAAUCUUCAAACCACCACCGCCCAGAUGGGACGCGCACACGCUCCCGUAUUGGAACGGCAGCCUGCAGGAAUACCCACUCAUGCAAGCCUUGGUCGACGUCGCCCUCUGCGGCGUGGUCACGCUGACGCAUUAUAAACUGGAUGAGAAUGAGCUCCACUUGACGGAGAAGAACGAGAAGAUGAUUGAGAAGGACGAGUACGGCGUGAUGGUCAACAUGUGCCUCGUCUUUCUCAAUUCGCUGAAAAUUCUGAUCGCUUGUCGUUGUAUGUUCCUCGUCCUGGACUUUUUUGGGGGUGGUCAUCUCAGCCAUUUCGUGCGGAACUUGGUCAGCUCAGAAGUUGAGGGCUACCCGAUCGACCAACAGCCAAGUAAUGACGCUCCUCCUCCCCAUCAAGAUUGAAGAUCAGUUACGUUUCAAUUAACAUAAGUUUCAUCAUUGUGAUAAGGUUUUAGUUUAAAAUAAUAAUUAAUUGCAAAUUUUAUUGUGGCGAUUCAAUUGUUUCUCUUACAAUAAACAAAUUAUAUGAAAUUAUUAUUGUAGA